ACACGGGAGGGAGAGAGAGAGAGAGAGAGAGAGAGAGAGAUGGGGGCGGAGAGGAACAAUGGGAGUUGCACAGCGAUUCGGUCGCUGCCGCCGGUCUCGAUCUCGAGGUGUUCUCAUUACUCCUCUAUGACCUCAGGUUUGUCUUUUUCUUUGGAUAUUUUGGAUUUUUAACGAUCUUUUUGUUGUGGAUUGAUGGAACGAAUGGAUUAUUGGUCUCUUCUGCUUUUGAUCGGUAUUUUUUGUUGUUAGAUUCGGUGGUUGACGAGACAAGCAAGCAUUUUUUGUUUUUUUCUCACAAGAAGUAAGCAUGUUUGGCCGGUUAUUGCGGUCUUGUCUGUAGUUUAGGGCAUUGGUUUCGACUGGAAUCCGAAAUCUGUUAUUAUUAAUAUUAUUAUUCAUUGCUUAGUUUGCUUUUUUCUAAUUUUUGCUCCUUUCAAGUCGGAAUCGCACAGUGUCCAAUGUACUUCGUGUUUUUCUCUUGAAUACGGAUUUUUUUUUUUCUUUAACAUUUUCAGUGGUGGAAAAGAUUGCGUAUAGAAGCGAGGUUGAUGAUAUUGCAGCUUAAAUUUUCGGUAAAAUAAUUGAUUUUUGGUCAUGGUUCUUGCUUACCUUUUGGGGUCAUUGAGAAAAUCGGAUUCUUUAAUUAUUUCCUAAUUUAGCCUUUUAAGGAAGGGAUUAAAUUAAUCAUCAUACUGGACAAUGUCUCACCGAAUCCGGCAGGUUUGAUGCGAAUAUUAAUAUUGUAUGCAUCAAAUAAGGUUUGUCAAUUCAUCGGAAAGAUUAGGUGGAGAAAUAAAGGCAAGAAUCUCUUGCAGUUGUCUAAUUAAAUACUAUUCAUUUGAACGUGGGGAGCAUGACACAGAUUGGGUGAGCUACAAAGAUGAUUCUUCAACAUGCGGAUCACCAAGAUGGAUUGGAAGGGGUCUUUCUUGUGUUUGUAUGAAACGAAAGGGAAUAUAUGAGCGCAUCUGUGUCAAUCUUUCACCUUUACAGGAAGAAAGACUUCAAAGAUUGAAGCAUCGCAUGAACAUUUACUUUGAUCCGACUAGGAGAGAUCAUCAGGAAGCUCUCAGAGCUCUAUGGUAUGCCACAUACCCAGAUCAAGAACUCCAUGGUCUGAUAUCUGACCAGUGGAAGGAAAUGGGAUGGCAGGGCAGAGACCCAUCAACUGACUUCAGGGGGGCUGGAUUUAUUUCAUUGGAGAACCUGCUCUUCUUUGCAAAGACAUUUUCUACUUCUUUUCAGAGGCUGCUGAAUAAGCAAGGUGGGAAGAGAGCUACUUGGGAGUACCCAUUUGCAGUUGCCGGUGUGAACAUUACAUUUAUGAUAAUGCAAAUGCUUGAUCUGCAGUCUACAAAGCCAAGGACUUUUGUUAGAGCUGUUUUCAUCCAAAUGCUGUCAGAGGACGAGUGGGCAUUUGACUUGCUUUAUUGUGUGGCUUUUGUGGUUAUGGACAAGCAAUGGCUGGAAAAGAAUGCUUCCUACAUGGAAUUCAAUGAAGUUUUGAGAUCAACUCGUGCACAGCUGGAGAGAGAACUUCUGUUGGAUGAUGUUAUGCGGAUAGAAGACAUGCCGUCAUACAGCCUUCUUUGCUAGCAGUGUGGCUAGUUAAGACUACAUAAUCAAAUUUUACAUUUUGAGCAUUCAAGCUCGGCAGCAAGUAAUUGGGUUGGGUUUCCUCUAUAUUAAGCUACAUAUUGAAGAGAAGCUAAUAUUAAGAUGAACAUAAGUUCACCUUCAGUCUUUAAUAUGUAUGCCCGAGAUGUUUCUUCCAUAAUAUAAUGAUUUGGGAUAGAUCUGAGCAGAGGUGCUUAGAUGGCACGGUAAGUAUUUUGUGAAUUCAGAUUGGUUACCUCUGCAACACCAUUUCAGGAGGUGCAUGCAUUUGGUUUCCAUGCCCUGGUAUUAGAAGCCAGCUUAUGACUGUUAGGUCUUUCUUCUUUCUUUUUUUCCGCAAGGGGCAGGUGGUUGCAUUGCUUUCUCAGCUUGGGAUCCCCAAUGAACAAAAUGGCAACAUGUUGGUCUCUACUUGAUUUCCUCCCAAUAUUUGGGAAGCUCAUGGCAAUUAGUGAGUGAGAACUGAUGUUAAUGUUUUCUCCCCCUUCAAUAUUAUCUCUUCCCCUUCUCUCAACCUUUCCUGGUGGAGGCUUCCUUCUGUGUUAAUUUGAUAAGCCUAUUUUAAUGGAAUAAAGAUUUGGUUGGUUUUUGUUGUA